ACAAAAAAGGGGAAGCCCGCUUAAAAAAUUCCCCCUAAUUUCCACCUCCGGUAGGUGUUUUCGUUGCAGAGCAGGAAUCAACAGAAUCGUGAAUGAUGGCGUCGGAAUCAAACGAAGAAAUUCAAAUUCCAGAAAAGACUGGAGUGGGCUGGUAUAUUCUUGGUCAGGACCAACAGCUCGUGGGCCCUUACACUGUCUCUGAGUUACAAGAGCAUUAUUCGAGUGGAUACUUGUUACCGACUACACUUGUGUGGUCUGAAGGAUGCACUGAUUGGCAGCCGCUGUCAUCGGUUCAUGGCUUGUCGAUUGACGCUCCUCCACAAAAUGCUAGCAAUUCAGUUCAUGUCACCGCUAAUGAAGAAAACACCACUAAUGAAGAAGACGAGUUUGAAAAAUGGCAAAGGGAGGUUAGAGAAGCGGAAGCAGAGGCCGAGGCUGAAGCAGCUAGCAUAAAUGACGACAUUGAGAGGCCUUCAACACCACCCGAGGGUGAAGAAGAAUUUACUGAUGAUGAUGGAACUACAUAUAAAUGGAGUCGGGAUCUAAAGCUUGGAGCUUCAACAAAGUUCCACAGACAAAAAGAAUCUCUAUGUGGCCGUGAUGACUCAAAGGUGUCUAUUCCAGCAGCUGUUAUUCUUCGUUACAUGUUCACCCCUGCAGAAUUGAGGGCUGACGAGAAUUUGCACACUGAACUAGAGGAGGAUAUCCGUGAAGAAUGUGGAAAGCUUGGCCCGCUGGAUGCUGUCAAGGUGUGUGAGAAUCAUCCACAGGGUGUUGUCUUGGUAAAGUACAAGGAUAGAACCGAUGCUCAUAAAUGCAUCGAGUUGAUGAAUGGCCGAUGGUUCGGCGGAAAGCAGAUACAUGCAAGCUUGGAUGAUGGAUCGGUUAACCAUGCCUUGGUGCGGGAUUUGGAAGAAGAGACCGAUAGAUUAGAGAAGUUUGGAGCUGAACUUGAAGCCGAUUGAGACUAUUUAACGUUUUUAUUCGGUAUAAAAUGUAAAUCGAUGUCGAGAGUUGGCUUGGUUUAGUUUUGCAGAUUAUUUAGAUCCCCCUUUUACUGGGGAAAAUUGUGUUUACUGUUAUGAAGCUCUCUAAUUCUUAAUAUGGGAGUUCUUGAGUUAUAAUUUUGCAUUCUAAUUAGUAAUUAUCUAUUUUGUUUCCUAAAUAUUUUGUGAAAAUUCCAAUAUAUCAUGUUUUAAGAUGCCA